AUGUCUGAAUUACAUAAGAGUUUGGUUUGCUUAUGCGGAAAACAAAAAUCCAAUUUAAAUGAUACCAAUUGGAAGAGACACAUUAGUGCAUGUAAAAUAGUAGUUGAAAGGUCAAAAGUUUCAAAAACUAUAUCAACAUUCUUUGUUAAAAAACGAGACAAUUUGUUUGUUGACGAGGCAUCAACAUCAAGAAAAAAAGAAAAAAAAGCACACAAUGUGGAUAGAACCAUGAAUAAAAAUUCUAUUGGCGUUCACGUUACAGGAGCUGAAGGUAAGCUGAUUGAUUCUGUAGCAGAAAGUAUCUCGACAGUAAUUCAAACAGAUGUUAAGUAUGCCAGAUUUUUCAGUAUAUCUAUUGAUAGCACUUUUGAUGCAUCCAGGAAGGAACAAGUUGCAUUCGUCAUUCGUUAUGUUCAUAAUAAAACUUCAAUUAUUUCAGAGCGUCUUAUAGCAGUUAAAGAGUCCUCAAAUACUACUGGACGUGACUUAUUUUCUCUAUUUCAACUAGUAUGUUCAGAGAAAAAUUUAGACUGGAAAAAAUAUCUAAUCGGACAAUCUUACGAUGGAGCUCCAAAUAUGAGAGGACAAUUUGAAGGUCUACGAAGCCACGUCCAAAAAGUAAAUUCAUCUGCUUUGUAUGUAUGGUGUCAUGCACACCGCUUAAACUUGGUAUUAUCUCGUGCAGUUGGGUGUUGCAAAGAUGCAAUGGAUGUUUUUGGAAGUUUGGAAUCAGUUUUUACAUUUCUUACAGCUGGAAAGUGUAGAGUUGAAUGUUAUGAAAGGCAUUAUAAACAACUUUAUCCUAAACAACAAAUGCGUCGGUUGAAAAGAGCCGCUACAACUCGUUGGAUGUCUUACUCUGUUGCUCUUAUCACAGUAUUAGACACAUUUGAAGCUGUU